GACAGCUGCCCAAUGGGAGCGGCCGGCUCUCCCAGCCUGCGGCGCGGGGGGUGGGUGUCUCCCCGCCGCCGCCUGAGGAAUGUCAACUAUUCAACAUGGAGACGGCGGUUACCAGGCUGGAGACCAUGUUCCAGAAGGCAGAAGCUGAUCUGGAUUACAUUCAACACAAACUGGAGUUUGAAAUAAUGAAGAGUCUUCCUGAAAAUCCAGAAGCAGAGGAGAAUCCAGUUGCUCUCUUGGAAGGACUCUCAGCAGUGAAAUCUCGUUACAGAACGUUAUGUAUGCAGCUGGAAAAAAUAUCCACAGAGCAGGGAGAAUCCAUGAAGGCCAUCCGUGCUGCUCUAGAAAACACCAGGAAGAUGGUUCAGGCGUUACAGUAUCAUACUGAUCUUGAGCGCUUACCUCUGUCAGAAGAAGAACAGGCUGCAGCUCAGCAGUUAACCUGCCAAACUGGUAAAGAAAUGGAAUCACCAGUGGAAGAGCCAUUUUGUUCGGGUUCUACAGUCCCUGACUCAGCUGAAGAAUCCCAAUUCAAACCAUUGACUGAGGAAAUCCUUAUGACUGUACCAAGGAGUAUCAGGAGUAGUGUUAAACUAGCAGACCUGAACAAUUUGUACAAAGAGUUAUUUAACCACUUCAUUGUAAAUAAGAACAGAACUGCACUGAGUGUGUCACAGAUGAACAAGAUGAAUAUGAAAGCCACUGACUCAAGAAUAAGAAUCUUGAAAGAACUUGCUAUUGUGGAACUUGACAAACAAGGAAAUGUUAAAUUAGUUGUGUAAAUGGCAGCUCAGUUCAUCCUCCUUUGACACAAGCAAUUUUGUCAUAGCUUCUGGAUUAUUAAUAAGCAAGUAUUUCUCUGGUGUCUAGGAGUUAUAAAUCCACUGUUGGAAAGCUGUUCAUAUUUCUGUAUAAAAAUUCCAUUUAUAGUACUUAACACUGGAGGGUUAAAAAACAUUGACUUGGUAUUUUACUUUGUAUUUUUUAAGAACAUUGUUAGCCACAUGACACUACCCACUGGGUAGCUCCCUUGAAGAAAGUAUAUGAAUCAGUGUAAAUGUGGCUCUGUGCAGCUGGUGGGACUGCUCUGAGCUCUCCUACUGUCACUUCCUUUCCCUCUUUCACCUACUCUUUUCCCUGUUGCUACCUCCAGUGCCACAGCCUUAUAGUUCCCCUCCUUUUGCUGCCUAUAGGAUGCUGCAUCAGUGAACCAUACUCCCUUAAGGUCCCUGUCCUCCUUCAGGGGAGGUGCUUCCCGAUUUGGAGAGGGUUUAUUUGCUGGGGCUUGGAACAACAAAGUGCUGUCUGUAUCUUGCUGCAAUUUAGAUGCUUUACUAUUGCCCUCCAUGACAGGCACGAUUUCAUUAAUGCCUUCCAGGUACACAUACCCUUUGCAGCCUGUUUGGUGUCUGGGCAGGGCUGCCUGUUGCUGCUGUGCCCUUGUGAAUCAUGGCCAGAAUUUUAACAGGUCUGCCAGUAACUGUCUUCUGAUCCUGUCAUAUUCUUUCUGCCUGUUGUAAUGCUAAAGAGAGCAAACUCUUUUUGAGAUGCAAAUAUCUUAGUCUCACUGGCAGCAAAAGAGUCAGAGCUAAAUUCCAGGGUUGGUCUCCAGCUCUUCUGGUUUCUUUUGCCACAGAUUACAAUGGCAACUGUGGACAGGCCUGUGAUGUGUAUGGGAUCUAGCUUCUGGAACAGUCUUAAGUUCUGCUCUUAACAAUUCUAAGGUGUUCUCAUGUUGUUCUGUCCAUUCCUGGUGGGUUCUUAAGACCAGUAACCCAAGCCACUUAAUUGUACUUACAUUCCUGAAUAAAUGAUGAAAGCUAAGGAGACAA